GAGGCCUGGUUCCGGCGGCCGCGGUCCGGGUCUGCGCCUCCAGCCGGGCGCCGAGGGCCCCGGGGGCGGCGGUCUCCGAGGCCCUGAGCCGGAUGGUGAGCGCGGCGCGGGCCCGACCCGGGCGGAGGCCUCUUCCUUCCCCUGCGCCCCCCCCUCCCCGCCCUUGUAGUCCGGGGCGGGACUUUCUCCGGUUGCGCGGCCGCCGUUCCCGGACCUUCCCGGGCCUGGGGACGGCCUCUCUGCCGGGGCACUCGUCCUUUGGGCGGUUCCUGGGUCCUCGCAGGCUUCCGACAGGACAUGACUGUGAUGACCUGAGUUUUUGCCUUCCAGUUUAUCGUGAAGAUGAAGGGGAGCUUCCUAGUUGAGCAGACCGUUUAAAGAACAACAACUUGCUACACAUAGUAUUCACUACCCUGGAUCAGAAGAUGAACCCAACUAAUCCUUUCAGUGGGCAGCCGCCUGGGGUUUUUCCAGCAUCUUCCAGCAGUGCCAUAGGAACAUUUCAGGCUAAGCCGCCAUUUCGAUUUGGUCAGCCCUCGCCUUUUGGACAGAACAAUACGUUAUCUGGGAAAACUUCAGGAUUUUCGCAGGUACCCAGCUUUCCAGCAUCUCCCGGAGUAAAUCAUUCUUCUUCAGCACAAGCAUUAGGAUUCUCCCCGACCUCAAAUGUUGGACUUUUUUCAGGACUUGACCACACUCCAGCCUUUGUAGCUGCCUCUGGGCCUUCAAGUUCAUGUGUGUCUGGAAACCCUGGAUUUAGUUUUAAAUCGCCCAACUUUGGGACUUUCCCAAGUACUUCUACAUUUGGAUCAGAAACUGGCGAAAUAGCAAGCUCUGGCUUUGCGAAAACAGAAUUUACCUUUAAACCUCUGGAAAAGUCCGUGUUCAGACCGAUAUUGGGAGCUGAAUCUGAGCCAGAGAAAACUCAGAGCCAAAUUACUUCUGGAUUUUUCACAUUUUCUCACCCAAUUAGUAGUGGACCUGGGGGACUGGCACCAUUUCCUUUUUCUCAGGUGACAAGUAGUUCAGCUACCAAUUCAAAUUUCACCUUUUCAAAGCCAGUUAACAGUAAUAAUUCGUCAUCUGCCUUUACCUCUGCUUUGUCAAACCAAAAUGUAGAGGAAGAGAAGAGAGGCCCUAAAUCCCUGUUUGGAAGUUCUAAUAGUAGCUUCACGAGCUUCCCCAUAUCUUCUGGGUCUUUGGGAGAACCCUUCACAGUCAGCAAAACAGGUGUCAGACAAGGAGGUGAAGAAGGCGUAUCCCAGAUGGAGCCGCUUCCCACCCUCAUGAAAGGACUGAAAAGGAAGGAGGACCAGGAUCGCUCCCCACGGAGACACGUCCACGAUGCCACAGAAGACGUGGACGCUCUGUCGAGGGGGGAUCAUCCUCCAGAUAAACGGCCUGUCCGCCUGAAUCGGCCUCGGGGAGGCACCUUGUUUGGUCGGACGAUACAGGAUGUCUUCAAAAGCAAUAAAGAAGUAGGUCGUCUUGGCAAUAAGGAAUGUAAAAAGGAAGUUGGCUGUACUGAGUCCGGGGAAAAUGACCCCGUGGCCAUCCCAGGAGGGAGUCCGGCUCUCCCGGCACCUUCCCGGCUCCCAGGUGUGAAUAAGGAGGAAGAAGCUGAAAGUAGAGAUAAAAAAGAAGAUUCUCUAAGGGGAACGCCUGGGCGUCAGAGUAAAAGAAGCGAGAGCACAGACAGUCUUGGAGGCUUGUCCCCUGCUGAAAUCACAGCGAUCCAGUGCAAGAACAUCCCUGACUAUCUCAAUGACAGAGCCGUUCUGGAGAAAUACUUCGGUAAAAUUGCUAGAGUGCAGCGCGUCUAUACCAGACGCAGCAAAAAGCUUGCGGUGGUGCAUUUUUUUGAUCAUGCGUCUGCAGCCCUGGCUAGGAAGAAGGGAAAGAGUCUGCAUAAGGACAUGGCUGUCUUCUGGCACAAGAAGAAACUGAGUCCCAAUAAGAAGCCCUUUUCCCUGAAGGAGAAGAAGCCGGGCGAGGGCGCGGCCAGCCAGGGCCCGGAGGACGCGGCCUUCCAGCACUCGCCCCUCGGCAAGCCCGCGGCCAGGGCCGCGGCCGUCGGCCUCCUGAGCAAAAGCUCUCCAGUGAAGAAGCCGAGUCUUCUGAAGACCCAUCAGUUUGAGGGAGACCCCUUUGAUUCGGGCUCCGAGGGCUCCGAGGGUCUUGGGCCGUGUGUGUCAUCUCUUAGUACCCUGAUAGGCACCGUGGCCGAGACUUCUGAGGAAAAGUACCGCCUGCUUGACCAGAGGGACAGGAUCAUGCGACAAGCUCGGGUGAAAAGAACCGACCUGGACAAAGCGAGGACUUUUGUUGGGACGUGCCCAGACAUGUGUCCUGAGAAGGAGCGGUACAUGCGGGAGACCCGGAGCCAGCUGAGCGUGUUCGAAGUGGUCCCGGGGACCGACCAGGUGGACCACGCGGCCGCCGUGAAGGAGUACAGCCGCUCCUCGGCCGACCAGGAGGAGCCCCUGCCGCACGAGCUGCGGCCCUCGGCCGUGCUCAGCAGGACCAUGGACUACCUGGUGACCCAGAUCAUGGACCAGAAGGAGGGCAGCCUGCGGGACUGGUAUGACUUCGUGUGGAACCGCACGCGCGGCAUUCGGAAGGACAUCACACAGCAGCACCUGUGUGACCCCGUGACGGUGUCCCUGAUUGAGAAGUGCACUCGGUUCCACAUCCACUGUGCUCACUUCAUGUGUGAGGAGCCCAUGUCCUCCUUCGACGCCAAGAUCAACAAUGAGAACAUGACCAAGUGCCUCCAGAGCCUGAAGGAGAUGUACCAGGACCUGAGGAACAGGGGCGUGUGCUGUGCCGGCGAGGCAGAGUUCCAGGGCUACAACGUGCUGCUCAAUCUCAACAAGGGGGACAUCCUCAGAGAAAUACAACAGUUCCAUCCUGCUAUUAGAAAUUCCUCCGAAGUGAAAUUUGCUGUUCAGGCGUUUGCUGCUUUGAACAGUAAUAAUUUUGUGCGAUUUUUCAAAUUGGUCCAGUCGGCUUCUUACCUGAACGCAUGUCUUUUGCAUUGUUACUUUAAUCAGAUCCGCAAGGACGCUCUCCGGGCGCUCAACGUCGCGUUCACCGUGAGCACGCAGCGCUCCACCGUCUUUCCCCUGGACGGCGUGGUGCGCAUGCUGCUGUUCAGAGACUCUGAGGAGGCCACAGACUUCCUGAACUGCCAUGGUCUCACUGUCUCUGAUGGCUGUGUUGAGCUGAACCGGUCCUCAUUUCUGGAACCAGAGGGGUUAUCCAAGGCCAGGAAGUCGGUGUUGAUUACCAGGAAGCUGACGGUGUCAGUGGGGGAAAUCGUGAAUGGAGGGCCGUUGCCCCCCACCCCUCGUCACACUCCCGUGUGCAGCUUCAACUCCCAGAACAAGUACGUCGGGGAGAGCCUGGCUGCGGAGCCGCCUGCGGGCGCUCAGAGGCCCGGCUCGGACUCAGGUGGGGGGAAAGGAGAGGCGUGCGGUGCAGAGGCAGAUGUGCCCCUGCCUGCUCUCCAGCAGCCUCUUCCCACCCCUGCACCCACACCGGCUUCUCUGCCUCACCUCCCGGCACCAGCCCCCGGCGCAGCGCCUGGCCUCUUCCAGCCCCUCGUGCAGGCCCCUGUGCAGCCUGAGUUGCUUCCUCCGAGGCCUGCACCUACGUACUCUGAUGCGGACCUGGCUCAGGUGGUGGACGAGCUCAUCCAGGAGGUUCUUCAGAGGGACUGUGAGGAGGUCGGCGCCGCAGGGGCGGCCUUCGCAGCCACAGCGCUGGGUGUUUCCACUGCUGCUCUGGAGGAGCUGUUAACAGCCGCAACCACAGGCAUCCUGAGGCACGUCGCGGCUGAGGAAGUGUGUAAGGAGAAGGAGCGGAAGGAGGAGGAGAGGCGGCGGGCCGAGGAGGAGAGGUCAGAUGCCCUGGGUACAGUGCCCACCAUCUUGAUUGUCGUCUUCCGUAGGGACGCAGUGGAGACAGACCAGAGAAUCCGCAUGGCCCGUUGCUGUGAGGAUGUCUGUGCCCACCUGGUGGACUUGUUUCUUGGGGAAGAAAUUUUCCAGACCGCAAAGGAGACGCUCCAGGAGCUGCAGUGCUUCUGCAAGUAUCUCCAGCGGUGGAGGGAAGCCGUCGCAGCCCGGAAAAAGCUGAGGCGCCAGAUGCGAGCCUUCCCUGCGGCGCCCUGCUGUGUGGACACGAACAACCGCCUGCAGGCAUUGGCACCCAGUGCAGAGUGCCCCAUUGCUGAGGAGAACCUGGCGAAGGGCCUCCUGGACCUGGGCCAUGCAGGGAAAGUGGGCAUCUCCUGUACCAGGUUGCGGUGGCUCAGAAACAAGACGGUGCACCAGAUGAAGGUUCAGCACUUCCACAAGCAGCUGCUGAGUGACGCGGCCUGGACACCCCUAGACCUGCCGGCCCUCGUGGCCGAGCACCUCCCUGGCAGGUGGGAGCGUGUGUUUUGGAAGCUGGUGCUGGUGUUGCCUGAUGGAGAAGAGCAGGCCCCGGGGAGUCCUGGCAGAAUUUUAGCAAACUGGUUACAAGUCAAGUUCAUGGGAGGCGAUGGCUCAGUGGGUGGCCCAGGCGGCGCGGCUGGGCGGAUCCAGACCGUUGCGCUGUUCCAUGCGCUCAGCAGCAAAGGGGGUCAGACCGUCGCUGUCAAUGUGUGUGUAAAGGUGGCGCACGGCGCUCUCAGCGACUACGCCCUUGAUGCUGUGGAGACGCAGAAGGAGCUUCUGGGCGCCAGUGGGCUCAUGCUGCUGCUGCCCCCCCGCGUGGGGACGGAGGACGUGGCGGAGGAGGACGUGUACUGGCUGUCUGCACUGCUGCAGCUCAAGCAGCUCCUGCAGGCCAAGCCCUUCCAGCCUGCGCUCCCGCUGGCGGUCCUUGUACCCAGCCCAGGAGGGGAUGUCGUGGAGAAGGAAGUGGAAGAGGGUCUGAUGCUGCAGGACUUGGUUUCAGCUAAGCUGAUUUCAGAUUACACCGUCACUGAGAUCCCUGAUUCCAUUAACGACUUACAAGCCACAACUAAGGUUUCGCAGGCUGUGCAGUGGCUGGUCUCUCACUGCCCCUGUUCCCUCGACCUUUGCUGCCAGACCCUCAUUCAGUACGUGGAAGACGGGGUUGGCCGCGAGUUUAGUGGCCGGUUUUUCCAUGACAGAAGAGAGAGGCGGCAGGGCGGCCUGGCCUCACAGGAGCCUGGAGCCAUCAUUGAGCUGUUCAACAGUGUGCUGCACUUCCUGGCCUCUCUGGUGUCCUCUGAACAGCUGUGCGACCUGUCCUGGCCUGUCACUGAGUUUGCCGAAGCAGGGGGCAGCCGGCUGCUUCCCCACCUUCACUGGAACGCCCCGGAGCACCUGGCCUGGUUAAGGCAGGCUGUGCUUGGCUUCCAGCUUCCGCAGAUGGACCUUCCGCCCCCGGGGGCACCCUGGCUCCCUGUGUGCUCCAUGGUGGUCCAGUAUGCCUCCCAGAUCCCCGGCUCUCGCCGGUCACAGCCUGUCCUCCAGUCCCAGGUGGAAAGCCUGCUCCGCAGAACCUACCGCACGUGGAAGAGCAAGAGCCAUUCCGGGGGCCAGGGGGCAGGGCCCUCGGUUGCCGAGAUCCCGUGGGAUGACGUCAUUGCCUUGUGCGUCAACCACAAGCUCAGGGACUGGACACCUCCCAGGCUUCCGGUGACGUCGGAGGCUCUGAGUGAAGAUGGUCAGAUAUGUGUAUAUUUUUUUAAAAACCACUUGAAAGAAUAUGAUGUUCCUUUGUCGUGGGAACAAGCCAGGAUGCAGACACAGAAGGAGCUACGUCUGAGUCAUGGGCGUUUGGGGGUAAAGUCUCUUCAUCCUUCAAACAAGUUUCCUGCUCCGAUACUGCGCACGCACCAGAAAGGGAAGAAGAGUGCGGAGCGUGGCCCCGAGGGGCGGGCUCCCAGCACCCGGGAUCUGAUGCGUGGAGCCUCUGCCCAGGAGCUGCUGGCCCAGCGUCUGUCCCGGAGCCUGCUGCUGGAGAAAGAGGAGAGCAAGAGGUUCGAAGAUCAGCUUCAGCAGUGGCUGUCUGCGGACGCAGGAGCGUUGACAGACUUAUCCCUUCCGCUCUACCUUCCGCAGACGCUGGUGUCUCUGCCUCGGGCUGUCGAGCCUGUGAUGAAGUCAGUGACCGCUCCUAACCCUCAGAAUGAAAGGACAAGGGAGCAACCGCAGUUGUCAGAGGCGACAGGCACAUCUGUGACCGAACGGCUGAAGCACCUGGAAAGGCUGAUGCAGAGUUCGAGGGAGGAGGAAGCUGCCUCGGAGCUCCAUCUCUCUGCCCUGCUGGACAUGGUGGACAUUUGAGCUCCAGGACCUGAGAGAGGCAAAGUCUCCCAGAGAUUUUUGCUUUUACUCGAAAUAACGUUCUUCUCAGCUGGUUGGUGCACUGUUGGAAAUGUGAUUAUUAAUUAUGCAAAUAAACCAUUUGAGUGUCUAAUGAGGCCAUCCCAAGU